CACUACAUUGGAUGUGCUGUAGUUCAGUGGGAGAGCAUCUGCUUUGCAGGCCAGAGGAUCCCAGGUUCAAUUCCCAGCAUCUCCAGAGGCUUCCUGAUGGAUAGAAGCAGCAGGAAAGCGAAGAAGCCUACUACAGGCACAACAGAGCAGGCUAGUACAGAGAAGCUAACAGAAGAUGAGAAGGCGAUCAGGAAAGAAAUGGAUAAUGUACUGCAGGGCGAAUUGGCGAAGCUCUUAGCUGAGGAGGCGGAAAAGGAAAGUCCAGCAUUUCAAGAUGAAGUACAGAAAGGCAAGGCGACAGAGAAGUCAAAGGAAAGCCCAGCAUUGCAGAAUGAAGUAGAGAAAGCCCAGACAACGUCCAAGGAGGACACAGAGCGUGAAUCACCUCAGAGUGAAGUAGGAAAAGCCUCGGCAAAGAGAAUGUCCAAGGCAGCAGAAUCUGAGCCUUCCUUGUCAUGGGGUGAAGCAGGGAAAGGCAGGGUGGGGGAGAUGUCCAAGCAGGGAAUGGAAGAAGAGAACACCCAGGAGGAAACUGAGGAGGACACUGAGACCCAGGGAAGCAGGGACAGUGAAUCAUUGCAGGCUGAAGCAGAGGAAUCCUCAGAGAUGGUCAGUGGGAAACAAGGCUCUUUAUCAAGCAAAGAGCAGGAGGAGGAGAAGAAGAAAGGGUUAACUCAGAGAAUAAUGCGGGAUCUUCCUACUUUCCAGAAAUUGAAAGCUUCAGAAGUGCCAGAAAAGUAUAAGAAAAGGACUAUGGAUCCAAGGUUAGCUAAAUUGCUCCACUCCGAGCCUUCUAGCUCCCAGAAAAAGAAAUUGAAGCAUCAGCUGUCCCUGAAAGAGUCAAGGGUAGCUCAGAUCCUGAGCCAGGAUUUAUCUGAGGAUGAGGAAGAGAAGGAAGAGUCAAAGGAAGCAGACAUCUAUUCUUUAAGUAGCAAGAGUUCAGAGGCCUUUGAGACCUCUCCUGAGGAAAAAAUGAAGGCUGCAGCAGCUGCAGAGGAUGGCACACCCAAGGGUGAAUCCUUGCAUUCAACCGCAGGAAGCUCUGUCUGGAGCAUGGGGCAAAAAAUAACCCACUGGAAGAUGGCCCACCAACAUGGGUAUCACGUGAGCCAGCUUACUCAGGAUAAAAUUUACAAGCAAAAGCUACUGAAACAUGAGCGGGACACCAAAAUAUCUAUGCCCAUGCCACUCCAGGAAGUGAUGGAGGAAGAAGUGUUUGACAUCUUAGUGGAAACCCUGUUUGACUACCACAACAAAUUAGGACCAAACCACCCUCUCACCAUCCAGAUGGAGCACCAGGUGGAACAGCUUCACCUCCAGUUGCAGGGAAGAAGAGUUCUUUGA